CUGCUCCGGGGCAUGAAAGUCGGCAGCGCGUUCCUGAGCGGCGGCGGCGGCGGCGCGGGUAGCGGCGGGCGGGCGGAGAUGGAGCCCAGCUUCCCGCCGGGCAUGGUGAUGUUCAACCACCGGCUGCCCCCGGUCGCCAGCUUCGCGCGGCCGGCGGGCGCGGCCGCCCCUCCCCCGCAGUGCGUGCUGGCCGCCGCCCCGGCCGCGGCCCCGGCCGCCGAGCCCCCCCCGGCGCCCGCCCCGGACGUGACUUUCAAGAAGGAGCCGGCGGCGCCCGGCGCGGCCUUCCCGGCGCAGAGGACCUCCUGGGGCUUCCUGCAGUCGCUGGUCAGCAUCAAGCAGGAGAAGCCGGCAGACCCCGAGGAGCCGCCGGGCGCCCCCCAUCCCCACUACGGAGGGCUGUUCGCGGGGGCCGACGAGCGGGCGCCGGGGCUGGGCGCCGGGGACGCGGCCGGCCCGGGCGUCAUCCAGGACCUGAGCGUCCUGCACCCGCCGCCGCCGCCCGCCCCGCACCCCCGCGACGUGCUGCUCGGCCGGACUGACGACCCCCGCGGCCCCGAGGAGCCCAAGCCGGACGCGAGCGUCAAGAAGGCCAAGAGGCCAAAGCCAGAAUCUCAGGGAAUCAAAGCCAAGAGGAAGCCGGGCGCAUCUUCCAAGCCGUCGCUGGCUGGAGACGGAGAAGGCGCCGUCCUGUCCCCAAGCCAGAAACCUCACAUCUGCGACCACUGCAGCGCCGCUUUCCGCAGCUCCUACCACCUGCGGCGGCACGUCCUCAUCCACACCGGGGAGCGGCCCUUCCAGUGCAGCCAGUGCAGCAUGGGCUUCAUCCAGAAGUACCUGCUGCAGAGGCACGAGAAGAUCCACAGCCGGGAGAAGCCCUUCGGGUGCGAUCAGUGCAGCAUGAAGUUCAUCCAGAAGUACCACAUGGAGAGACACAAGCGGACGCACAGUGGAGAAAAGCCAUACAAAUGUGACACUUGCCAGCAGUAUUUCUCAAGGACUGAUAGACUGUUGAAGCACAGGCGCACGUGCGGCGAAGCCCUGGCGAAGGGGCUGCCCAGCGCAGAGCCUGGCUCAUCCAGCAACCAUAGCACCGUGGGUAACCUGGCUGUGUUGUCUCAGGGAAGUACAAGUUCUUCAAGGAGAAAAGCAAAGUCGAGAAGCAUAGCUGUUGAAAACAAGGAGCCCAAGACGGGGAAAGCAAAUGAAUCCCAUAUGUCAAACAGUAUAAACAUGCAGAGUUACUCCGUAGAAAUGCCUACUGUGUCUUCCAGUGGGGGCAUCACCGGCACUGGCAUAGAGGAGCUCCAGAAGAGGGUGCCAAAACUGAUCUUUAAGAAAGGAAGCCGGAAGAGCAUGGAUAAAAACUACCUGAACUUUGUGUCACCGUUACCAGACAUAGUUGGACAGAAGUCCUUGUCUGGGAAACCGAGUGGCUCCCUUGGCAUCGUGUCAAACAGUAGCGUGGAGACCGUUAGCCUUCUCCAGAGUACAAGUGGCAAACAAGGUCAAAUGAGCAGUAAUUAUGACGAUGCCAUGCAGUUCUCAAAGAAAAGAAGAUACCUACCCACCGCCAGCAGCAACAGUGCCUUUUCCGUGAACGUGGGACACAUGGUCUCCCAGCAGUCCGUCAUUCAGUCGGCGGGCGUCGGUGUUUUGGACAGUGAGGCCCCGUUGUCCCUUAUUGACUCCUCGGCCCUGAAUGCGGAAAUUAAGUCUUGUCAUGACAAGUCGGGAAUUCCUGACGAGGUUUUACAAAGUAUUUUGGAUCAGUACUCCAGCAAGUCAGAGAGCCAGAAGGAGGAUCCUUUCAACAUAACAGAACCACGAGUGGAUCUGCACGCCUCAGGAGAGCACUCAGAACUGGUUCAAGAAGAAAAUUUGAGCCCAGGCACCCAGACUGCUUCACAUGACAAGGCGAGCAUGUUGCAAGAAUACUCCAAAUACCUCCAGCAGGCUUUCGAAAAAUCCACGAAUGCAGGUUUUACUCUGGGACACGGUUUCCAAUUUGUCAGUCUGUCUUCACCUCUCCACAACCACACUUUAUUUCCAGAAAAACAGAUAUACACUACAUCUCCUUUGGAGUGUGGUUUCGGCCAGUCUGUUACCUCAGUGUUGCCAUCUUCGUUGCCAAAGCCUCCUUUUGGGAUGUUGUUUGGGUCUCAGCCAGGUCUUUAUUUGUCUGCUUUGGAUGCCACACAUCAGCAGUUGACACCUUCCCAGGAGCUGGAUGACCUGAUAGAUUCUCAGAAGAAUCUAGAGACUUCAUCAGCCUUCCAGUCCUCAUCUCAGAAACUGACUAGCCAGAAGGAACAACAGAAAAACUUAGAGUCCUCCACGAGCUUUCAGAUCCCAUCUCAGGAGUUAGCUGGCCAGAUGGAUCCUCAGAAGGACGUAGAGCCCAGAACAACGUACCAGAUUGAGAACUUUGCACAAGCGUUCGGUUCUCAGUUCAAGUCGGGCAGCAGGGUGCCAAUGACCUUUAUCACGAACUCUAAUGGAGAAGUGGACCAUAGAGCAAGGACUUCAGUGUCAGAUUUCUCAGGGUAUACAAACAUGAUGUCUGAUGUUAGUGAGCCAUGUAGUACCAGAGGAAAGACCCCCACCAGCCAGAGUUACAGGUAAGGUCCCAAGAGUGACCAGGCUGGAGGUCUUCUAAUGUAAUUUUGUUUUAUUUUGAGAACACUGCCAUUGGAAUGUUUCUACACGAUCCUAUUAAGAAUAAUGUAAUGCCCUUUCAAUGCAACUUUUCAUAUUUAGUUUAUUUUGUUAGUGUGAUUUUAGCUCUGUUUGUAUUAUGAUUUUUAAUCAAAAUCAAUAGAUUAAAAUAGUUUGACAUUCGAAGUGACAAUGUUUAGCAAUCAAAUUUAAUGUAUAGAUCGUCAGGGAAUAGCCCCAAAGUUUUAAAUGCAAAAAAAAACAAAACAACAAAAAAACCGUACAAAAAAAGAAAACAAAACAAAAAAACACACAAAAACAAAAAAACAAAAAAAAAACUUUGUUGCUAGGAUUAAGGUUAUUCUAAUUGCUUUACUCUCAGGAAAGUGUAAUAACGCAUGGGAAUUCUGUACGUUAUCACUGUAAUGGAAUAUCCAACUUACAGAUAGUAUGAUAAUACAUUUCAUCACUUAAGUAAGGGAUCGAAAACAUUUCAAAUUGCUCUAUCUGGGCUGAUACGAUACACGUGUCAUCAUUUAAGUAAGGGAUCGAAAACAUUUCAAAUUGCUGUCUCCAUCUGGGCUGAUCCAAAAUUCUGAGAUGUUGGCUACCUAUAUUUUGUUGCAGCUUUUAAAUGUACUCUGAACUUCCAAACCAUAUUCAUUCCAGCCUGGUAGAACAAAUAUUCUUGGAUCUUUGAUCAAAGCCUGGAAUGAUAGCUUUAAUAAUAGGAAAAAAGAAAGAAAAAGGCACCCUCUCCCUAUCGCAACUGCAGCAAGGCUGUGUGAC